AUGGCCGAGUCGAAGCGCAAGAUCGUGCAGAUGGUGUAUCCGCACCUGACGAACGACGACCACGUGUCGACGUAUUUGGUGCAGCAGGCGGAGAAGUGGCAUGAGUUUGAUAUUAGUUCGAGUUUGUGGGGGUGCUUUCGCAUGACUGUGGCGACGUAUUGUCGGUUUUGGUGCAGUGGUUCAUGGGGUAUAGUGCUUGGGCCAUGUUCGUGGGCAUCCAAGGUAAACCACCUCAACUGCGCCCUCAGUAUACCCACUGACCACCCCCUGGGCCGUACCCGCGGCCUCACCAACGCCCAAAUCCUCGCCUUCAUCCUCGUCGGCUACAUCCUCGGCCUAGCCGGCGCACAAUGCCUCUUCUACGCCUUGCUUCGACUCAAGCCACGCAAAGUCCUAGGGAGAUACCGCAUUGCACAACCACUUCUCGCGACAAGCUUCCUCGUCUCCGAAGCUUUGGUGGUCGCUGGACUGCCAGUGCUGCUGGUUCGAUCCUCGAAGACGCUCAAGACGAUGUGGUUCAGCUUGGCGCAGGCGUAUGUGUUCCUGCAACCGGCGAUUGCGCAUAGCCUGCCCCGCGACAACUUCCUCGGUCGAGCAAUCGCCGGUGAUCUCUCCUACGGCAGCCGCCGCAACAGACGAGGCUUCGUGAUGCUCUGGUUCGCCAUCUCCAUCGCCAGCGUCCUCCUUCAUUUCCACGCCUGGUUCAUGGCCGUGGGCGAGAUCAAAGCUGGAACGUAUCGAUCGCUGUACCAGGCCACGGCAGAGUGGAUCAACGUGUUGACGGGCCGGGAGUCGUGGUCGAAUGUCGCGAUCGAGACGGCUGGAGUGAUCUUCACUGGACUUCGCUUCUGGAAUCACUGGCUGCGGGCGUUGGGUUAUGAUGUCGUGUUGUCGUUUGGCGCUUUGACCGUGUGGUCUGCUGUUAAUCAAACUGACGCGCGGGAGAUGGUGAAAUGCAGCACCAAUCCAUGGCUGGAGGAGGCGCAAGCUGCUGUCGGGCAAGCAGCAAGCCGAAUUGGCGACGCUACGGAGGAAAUGUACGACGAUAUACGUGCCAGCCAGCCUGUUGCCAGAGCAGGAGACGCAUGGGGAACAGUGAAAGAGGAAGCGAGAAGACGUACGGCGUCCGCGAUGCACACCCUCACGGAUGCCAUGGACGACGACGAUGAUGACGAAGAAGAAUACACAGCACCUACCAGAAGGUCACGAAGGGCCAGUGUUGGACGUCCACGCAGCCGCUCGCGGUCAUUGAUGUCACCUGUCAAGCGGAGUGCCUCGCGAAGAAGUUCAAGAGUGCGACAGCCAAGCUUGUCGAGGAGGGUGUCUGGUAUCAUGAGCGAUGGUGUGCAGGCCAUGUCGUCGCCGACCGUUGGGGACGUUGCUGGACGGGCGGAAGCGGCGCUGUUGACUUAUGCUUUGGGGUUGUUUGGCGGUUUGGGGAUGGCCAGCGCUGCCGUGUUUGGAGCAGAGGAGUGA